AUCGAUAACAGUGAUAUCGGACGCUGCCGGGAGAAGUAAAUACAAGUUUUGGAAGUUAUUUUGCUCCGGCGAAAAUGUCCCGGAAAUCAAAGACGACAGAUUGGUAUGCCUCCACCGGCCACAGGACACAACUCAACCUGAUCGAGUUCAGUUUCUUGGACCGCAAGGCGGAGCUGUCGGGCCUGCUGCAGGCCAAGAGCCGCCAGGCAGGCAGGAGUCUGGUGGAGAACGAGGCAGACUUCUGGAAGUUCGUGGCCAAGUACGAGCACAUGAUGCUCUCCACGGGCCGACCCAUGCUGCCGCACCGGCUCGCGGAGGCGGAGCUGACCAGUGUGCACCCGUAUCACCGCAGCAAGCACUUGGCAUUGCGAUUGGACGCUGACGAACUGCUACAGGAGGCGGACAACGAAAUGCAGGCUCAGUUCCGGCAUCUCCUGCUGGUGUACCUAGACUUCCGCCAGGCGGAAAAGUUCCAGCGCAUCCGAAAGCUGCGGCAGUCACAACGCAAUCUCCCCAUUGCCCGUUUCCGGCAGGACUUGCGCGAGGCUCUGGACACGUCCCGCGUGGUCAUAGUGGCCGGUGACACGGGCUGCGGCAAGUCCACACAGGUGCCCCAGUUUCUCUACGACUUUGGCUACCGCAGCAUUGCUUGCACCCAGCCGCGGCGCUUGGCCUGCGUCUCCCUGUGCAAGCGGGUGGCGCACGAGCUGCUGGACGACUACGGCAGUCGGGUGGCCUUCCAGAUCCGAUUUGAACGCAGCCGGACGCAGCUCACCAACAUCAUUUUUAUCACGGAGGGCCUGCUGCUGCGGCAACUGGCGGUUGCCGCCAACCUCGACCAGUACGACGCCCUCAUUUUGGACGAAAUCCACGAGCGCAACUUGUUUGGUGACUUCCUACUGGGUGUGACCAAGUGCCUGCUAAGGGCGCGGCCGCAACUGAAGCUGAUACUCAUGUCUGCCACCAUCAACGUGGAGCUCUUCCACGGCUACUUCCGCGAAGAGGGCGCACGGCUGGUGCAGGUGCCGGGACGCCUCUUCCCUAUCAAGCUGCGUUACCUGCCGCCUCCUGCACUGGAACUAAAGGCGGGACAAGCGACGGCGGAAUCCAAACGCUUUAAGGGUACCCGGAUCGACCCGGCGCCAUUUGUCCAGGUGCUCAGCCUUAUUGACCAGCAGUAUCCAACCACCGAGCGCGGCGACGUGCUUAUCUUCGUUAGCGGCGUGAACGAAAUCGAAUCAGUUGUGGAGGCCGUCCAAGAGUACGCCACCGAACAGACUCACUGGCUUGUCCUGCCGCUGCACAGUGGCCAAGCGAUGGCGGAGCAAGGCAAGGUGUUUGACUACGCGCCCGAGGGCAUGCGCAAGUGUAUUGUGUCUACCAACAUAGCCGAAACGUCGCUCACCGUGGACGGCGUGCGGUUCGUGGUCGAUUCGGGCAAGGUCAAGGAGAUGAGCUAUGACGCCAUAUGCAAGGGCCAGCGCCUGAAGGAGUUCUGGGUGUCCAAGUCGUCUGCGGAUCAGCGCAAGGGUCGUGCUGGGCGCACUGGACCAGGUGUCUGUUUCCGGCUCUACACCGCGGAGCAAUUCAACGCUUUCGAAGCCUAUCCCACUCCGGAAAUCUACCGUGUGCCGCUCGACACGAUGCUGCUGCAGAUGGUGUCCAUGGGGCUGCCCGACGUCAGGGCCUUUCCCUUCAUUGAGGCACCGGAAACGGAGCGCAUAGAGCAGACCAUUCUGGCACUUAAGCAACACAGCGCUCUCAGCGUGGAGGAGAAGAUCACACCAUUGGGCAGCUCGCUGGCCAACUUGCCCGUGGAGCUAUCCAUCGGCAAGAUGCUGCUCAUGGGCUGUGUGUUCCCCGAGGUGGAGCAGCUGCUGACCCUGGCCGCCAUGCUGAGCGUGCAGAAUCCGCUGACGAAUCGUGCCCAUACAGACCAGCGCUGCGUGCGCGAGCGGGAGUCGCUGGAGUCCGAUCAGGGCGAUAUCUUCACCCUGGUGCGCCUCUACCGCGAGUGGGUGCAGCUCAAGAUGCGGCGCGAUGGCACUCGGCAGUGGUGCCGCCGCUUGGGCAUCGAGGAGCAGCGAUUCUAUGAGGUGACCAAGCUGCGUCAGCAGUUCCAGCGCAUCCUCGAGGGCUGCGGUAUGGUGGUGGCCAGCGGUUCGGACUCCCAGCUAACCAGUGCCGAGCGCGCCACGCGGCAUGGUGAGCUGCGCCAUCUGAAAGCCAUGAAACGCCGCCAGCGAUUUGAGCAACCCCGUCAGCGCAAGUUGCUUAAGCACAGCGCUGGAAGGGCAGCGGAGGACGAGGAGGAGCGGGAUGAGCCACAGGGCGACGACAUGCGGGACGUGGACUUCCGGCUGCGGUUCGAUCCUCGCCAGCUGUCGCUGCUGGAGCGUUCGGCGCGGCUCGACCGACACCGCGACGUUGUGCUAAUGAAGCUGCUGCUCGGCUGCGGUUUCUAUCCACAGCUGGCCAUCAGCGACGAGUUCAACUACUGCAAGGGCGGUGGCCAGCAGUUCUUCCACACGCGGCUCAAGCCCUUCCUGCUGCAGCACCCCAACUCGCACUUCGCCAAGCACUUCGAGCUGCUCAAGCUGGCCGACAGCGAUCUGCUGCCCAAGCCGGACUUCUACACGCCCAAGCAGCCGCUCAGCGAGCGCCACCAGCUGCUCUGCUACCAAUCGCUGCUGGAGACCGCGAAGCCCUAUCUGAUCAACUGCAUCCGCCUGCCGGCUGCACAGACGCUAUUGCUCUUUAGUUUCGCCAUCGACACGAACGCGGGCAUCACCCAGAUCGUCUGCGACGGUUGGCUGGGACUGGAUCUGCCCACGCCCGGCAGCGGUAUGGAGCUUCUUAGUCGGGCCAUCGAGUUGCGCCGACGCUGGAGCAGGCUGCUUUACGCCAAGCUAGACGACCUCAACAGCAAACAGGAAGCACCUUCCCAUUCAAGUGACGACAGGAGCAGCACGCUGUGGCACGAUCUUGUGGACUAUAUGGCGCUGGACGUGGCCUAUACGAUUCGCCGGCUACUUCCCGCCGAUAUCAAGAGGCUCUACUCUCACCAGGCCCCCUCGACACGACUCACGGAGCUCAAGGAGAACCCCUUUGCCGUCGACUAUCCCAUGACCCCGAACGAAGAAAAGGGCGGCCUCAACGUAUCGGAGCACGUGGUGUACAGCUGCUUGGCUGAGCAGCAGUGGACGUUGGCCAUGGACGCGGCUCUACGGGCAGAGCCAUGGAAGUGCACGCGCUGCGAUCUCGAACUCGAGGAGUUCGAUGUGCUGGAGCAGCUGGUGCACCGACCCAAAUGCAAGGGUCGCAAGGCGCAGGGCCAAAAAUCGAAACCAACUAGCGCGGAGACCUCAACAGAGGCACCCACGAGCUCACGCUCCCACUCCUCCGGCGGCUAUUACUGCGACACCUGCAACAGGGAGUUGAAGCUGUCUAAGAUCGACAUCCUGCGGCACAAAAAGCAGUGCCGAAAUAACAAGUAAUCGACUGAAUAAAAUCAAUUGCCUAUACGAAAACAGA